CACACAUCACACAACAGAAAAAGCUCAAUCACAAAGUUACCUAACCUAAGGUAGCUGCAUUAAUUUGUCUCAAUUUGUCGCGUGUGGAAUAAACAUAGGUCCGAAUUGCCUUUUUCAAUUCCGUCCUCAACGCAUCCAGGCGCCCCUCUAGUCCCACUUGCAAAUUGCUCUUUACUUUUUUCUAACUCGUCCAAUUCCACGUGAAAACUUCAACAACAAACCUCUGCCUACCAUGCUGUCGUCUAUAGGACGUGCCGCGAUUAGGCGGCUAGUCUCUACGUCUGCCACCACGGCACCCCGCUGCAUUGCGGUCUCACGGCCCAUUACCUAUGGUCGUGGCUUCAUCCAAGGUUUUGCGACUACAGGACAGCCAAAGGCGGCUUCUACCACUACUAAGGCCACCACCAAAACCUCGAAGCCUAAAGCCACCAAGACUACUAAGGCCACCAAGACCACCAAAGGUACUACCAAAGCAACAGCUACUAAAGGAAAAACCAAGAAGGCGACAGCUACUAAGGCCAAAACCAAGUCCAAGAAGAAGGCGGCCCCCAAGUCAAAAGCCAAGGCCAAGGGCAAGAAGGGCGCACGAAAGCGAAAGCCAAUGUCACCGGAGAACAAGGCCAUCCUUGAGAAAAGAGCUCUCAAGAAGACGGCACUAUUCCGCGAACCAAAGCAGCUUCCCGACGGCGCAUGGACUGUAUUUGUAGCUGAGCAUACCAAGGGUGAAACUAUCGGUCCGGAACGGAUUCGAGCUCGGAUGGGAGACUUGUCUCAGAGUUAUAAAACUAUUUCAGCCUCAGAGAAGCAGCGUCUUGCCGAUAUUGCCGCGCAAAACAAACUCAAAAACGCAGCUGCCUAUAAGGCUUGGGUAGAGAGCCAUCCUCCUGAGCAGACGGUUGAAGCCAACCGGGCCCGGGGUGUCCUGAAGAGGAAGCACAACUACCCCAAGGGGGUCCUGAAACUCAUUCACGACGAGCGUGUCCCCAAGAAACCCGUUAGUGCUUUCAGUCUUUUCACAAAGGCACGAUGGGCUUCUGGAGACUUCGCGAACCGCCCCUUCCUUGAUGUUAGCAGGGAAAUCGGAAGAGAGUGGGCGAGAUUGCCGGAUGUGGAACGCCACGCGUAUGAGGACCUUGGAAAGGCAUCCAGGGAGGAUUAUGAGAAGGAAUAUGAGGCCGUUCUGCAUCGCAAGCCGGCACCUCGUCGUUCAACCACGCCAUCUGCAUGAUCUGGGCUCCUUUUCCCGCCUAUUACUAAUACAUAAACUAGGUGGCUAUGAGCCCUAGAAUCACUGGCUCCUUUAUUGUUAUGAGGAAAGACGAUUGGGGGAUUGGCCGAUCCGUCCAAUGAUUUUCGUUCUUGUGGCGACGCAAGAAUUCGUUACAUUCAUUUCGGGACGAUGCAGUGGCUUAACCGUGACUACUUGUUGGACACGGCUUGUACUUGUAGAUAGUCCGUUUGUCUCGCAAUACUCACCCCCAUUUCCUAAUGAGAACUGCCCGAAGAUCCCACCCUAGUGAUGGUAAUAGUGGGAGAAUUGUAUUGGUAUCAAACAAAAAAAAACUUGUGCUGUGAAAAG